AUGAAACGCCUAAGAAGAAUUUUUCAUACAUAUUAUGCAUUGUUCCUGAAGUUACGUGUUAGAUCAUCUAAAAAGAUACAAAAUGAAGAAAAUAAUGAAUCUUCUAUAUCUUCUGAUAAUUCUUCAGAACAUAUUGAUAAUGUAGAAGACGUCUUGUAUGAUAAUGUUUCAGAACAUAUUAAUACAGAAAGUGUUGCUUCGACAGAAGAUGUCUUAUAUGAUAAUGUUUCAGAAUAUAUUAAUACAAAAAGUAUUACUUUGGUUAUUGAAGAAGAACUGAAGGUAAAGAGCUCUAACAGUUAUAUCUCAUCAGAAAUAACGAUAAAUAAGAAUUUUGAUGAGCAAAUGCAGGACUACCAAUUUCCGUAUAAACUGUUACUUAAUACUAAAGAAGAAGAAUUUUUCGAAGAUUAUGAUCUGUUAGAAAAAGAGUCUUCUGAUUUUAAAGGCUUCGAUAGAGAAUAUGAUCUAUAUUUUCCUAAUUUUACAUCAGCGAUACUCUUUAUUUGGAUUACCAAACAUAUGAUAUCAACCUCUGCAUAUGAAGAUCUUUUUAAGAUUCUUACUCAUUCUGAAUAUCGAAAAGAGGAUCUUACUGCAAAUAUUUGCCAGAUUCGUAAAUGGCAAGAUAGACUACUAUUAGUUAAAUAUAGUGAACUUUGGCAAAAUUCACCAAUGUUUGGAGAACAUGAAAUAGAAACCAACAAUAAAGUAGGCGAAUUUUUAGAAUACUGUAAACAAUCUUCAACAUUCAUAUGCCGUGUACAAAGUGUAGUAGUUGAUAAAACUAAUAAUAAUUCAUUUAAACUAAAAAUUGAUCGAAUUCUUUCGCAUGAGAAUCUUUCUAACUGCCGUUCAACAAAUAAUCGACAUACUCAUGAAAAUGGUAACGAAUUAUGGUUAGUUAAAGAUGAAGUAAAUUUAGUUGAUCUGGCGAAUAUAGAAUGA